AUGGAAGAGACAAUCGGUUCUCUCAAGUCUACCAAAUAUGCUUCAUGCCGCCUUAUUGUGACCAAAGUUCCUAUUGAUGUGUUUACCGAUAUUGAAUCUAAGAGCAUUUUUGAACAGGUUUUCCGGGCCUAUGAUGACACUUGUGAAUUCAUCUAUCUUCCUAGCUUUCAUCGCGUCAUGGUAACAAUGUCCACCCCAGAGGCCGCUGUGAUGGCUCGCCUCGAAACUCAGGGCUGGCGACUUCAAACAUCUACUGUUGGCACUUCCAAUGCGAAUGAGAAUGAGUCUUCCACGGAAUCCGAGAAUGUGGGGAUUCGUUGCUACUUUGCUGACGACAGGGAAGAGUAUCGUAAACGUCAGCGUCAGCAGGCCCGUCCAGCCGCGAAAAGCACCUCAUUUGAUGACGAUCAUCUUACUGACGAAGAUGGAGACGACGGUAGUGACGAUGAGGUGCUGGACGAUAUGGACACCUUCGAGCAUCUGGCGCUACCGAAACCCGAGCAUCUCUUUCUUCUUUCACCUCCGGCAUCUCCGCCUGUGGGUUGGGAACCUAGAACCGAGGCGGAACCUCUCAUUAAUUAUGAUCUUCUCCAUGCUCUUGCUGCACUUGAACCUGGCAAAGCGCAUGAACUGCAUCCACCCGAGCGAGACAAACCGGGUAUUGUGGUGACACCGUGUGAGGGGGCGUUGGAUAUGAAGAAAAAGAAGAAGCGGGAUCUGCCAGAUUCAAAGAUUCCUCACACCGCUUGUCCCAACCGAAAUUAA